AGACAUAUGUGUGCGUGUAUGUGCGACCAGAAGAGGGCAAGGGAAGAACAAACCCUAAACAACACAAAUCAAUCAAAUUGAAAGGGGAUUUGGGGUCUAGUUGAAUGCAUGAGAUAAGAAUGGUGAUCACCUAAGUGUUUCUUGUAUCAAGCACAAAGAAGGAAGAAGGCGCAAGUCACUCAAAGGCACAACCAUCACAAGAUCGCGAUGGCCGAUAGGGUAAAUGCGAAUGAGGACGAUGAAGCACGCCGAAAUGAAAUAAAAGCUAUGGUUGUGGAAGAAGUAAUGAAAGCAAUUGAGGCUAGUAUUCCCCGACUAGCUCAAGAAGUCGAAGGGCAAGUAUUGGAAAUAAUUAAUACCUCGGUAACGUCCAAGGUAGAAGAAUUGAAAGAAAUGAUUAGCGAAUUGCAAGUGAAGAAAAGCUUUCGGCGAUGCACGUACAAGGAGUUCAUGGCAUGCAACCCCUUACCAUACAAAGGGGAAGUUGAUCCGAUAGCUUGUCAAAGGUGGAUUUCCAGUACCGAGGCAGUGUUUACACGAAGUAGAUGUGAAGCGGAGGAUCAAGUAAUGUUUGCCACGGGCCUUCUACAACUUCGAGCAAAAGAUUGGUGGGACGCAUACUCGAAGGAAUUGGGGGAUGAUAAGGUACGAUCGUUGACAUGGCAAGAAUUCAAGGAGUCAUUUCUGAAAUAUUAUAGCCCACAAUCCGCAAUCGAUAAGAUUCAGGAAGACUUCUUACGUCUCAGACAAAAGGAUGAAACGAUUGAUGAGAUAACAAACAAGUUCCUUGAGAUGGUGAAGUUCUGUGAGGAAAUAGCGGGGACUGAGAGGCAAAGGAUUGUACAUUACCAUGCUAUGUUAAAGGCUGAAUAUCGGGAAUUUGUGAACCCCUCCAAGUGUGCGACGUUAAAUGAACUAAUUGAGCGGGCAAGGGACAGGGAAAUUGAGAUAAAAAGGCAGGUUGAACGGGGAGAGAAAAGGGUAGCGGAGAAGCCUACCAAUGCAAGUCCAACGAAAAAGACAAGAUAUCAAAACCAAAGCAAGAAAGGGAAAGCAAGUAGCGAGAUUCCGACUUGCAAGACGUGUGGGAAGCAUCAUUCGGGUGAAUGUUUGUCGGGAAAGAAGGGAUGCUACAAAUGUGGACGAGAAGGACAUCCGUUUUAUAGGUGCCCCAAAAACUCAAAGGCGUGUUACAAUUGUAAUGAAACGGGGCACAUUAAAGCGGAAUGUCCAAAACUCCAACAAGGGACAAAGAGAGAUGGAAAGAAGGAUGAGCCCCCCAAGGCUCGCGGAAGGAUGUUUCAGUUAACCUCGGAUGAAGCCAAAGCUAGCCCGGACGUGGUUUCAGGCACAAAGAAGGAAGAAGGCGCAAGUCACUCAAAGGCACAACCAUCACAAGAUCGCGGUAAAUCUCAUGCUUGAUUGCGGCGCAUUCGGAGCGAACACACAAUUGUCGACCUUUACACGCUUUCGGUUCGUGUUGUUGAUUAUGAAUGGGUCAAAAACUUCGUUUUGUCAUAUGAUGUUAAAUUGUGUCUAGUAUGUUAGUAAGUAGCUAGAACUUCUAAAUCUUUUGGUAUAUUUUGUACAAAAUUGUUCAUGGUGAACCUUAUGGUCACAACUUUGUGGUUUUGAAAGUGUCGUAGUAUUAAUAGUAAUGGUAUUGUUAAAAACAGGGAAAAGGUUAAAUUUUCGAACGGGUCAUGUCAAAUUUUUUUAGAAAUUGUAUAAAGUUAUGUUAUACAUCAA